UUAGUAGGCGAUGUGGACGGCAGCUUGGCAAUUAUCUGUUAUUAUUUAAAUUUUUUCGUGAUGUAUAGUAUAGAUUCCUCUCAUAAUGGCAACUUCUUCUGCCAAACUCUCGUAACUUUAUUAGCUUCUUCUCGGAGGUUUCGGAUAGGUUAUAUUAAAUUAUUCCGGCCAGUCUCUGUAAGCGUUUGCUGCGCCAUAAAUAGACGUUCAGUAUAUUUUAGUACCACCCAUCGGCAGCGAUCUUGGUAGAAAGGGAGUAUUAUUUUAAUUUGGGGUGUGACUUUAUGAACAUUACCCAGUCUGUACACAUUUUUUUUGCAACUUCAGUUGAGUACAGUUUACCUACAUAAAAAGUGAUUUUUUUUAGUAAUUUCACUACUUGUAUCAAGUCUAAGUUCCAUACUGGCAAGAGAGCACACCUCUUUUCCGUUUAAGUAGUCUUUCCUUUAGAUGCAGAUGUCCAUUCAUUUAGUAGGUUUACAUGAUGUUGCUUACCCUUUCAAAACUUCUUUAGUUUACUCCCAAAGACAAAUAAACGUACACACUAAUGGUGCAACACUUCUUGUGGUCUGCAGCAUGCUCCCCCGCAACAUGCGCUUUGCUGAUAUGGAACUGCCAGGAGUCGGCUCAAAGGACGUGCCCCUGAUUGGCUACCGCCCUUUGCAGUCUGAGACUGACAGCUGCAGAGAGCCACUCAGGAAGCAGACUGACAGCAGGAAUUCGGACAGCCCACAGGCGCUACCAGCAUGGGCAAGUGUGGAUUCCUCCCCCAUGAAGACGACAUGGUACUGCCCGUUGGACUUGUCCACAGUGUCAGAAAAGGAAGAAGAUGGGGUGAUCUACACCGUGGUUGUGAAACCGCAGGCCGGAGGCUCGUCUUCUACGGCGCACUCAGGCCUGCGCUCUGAGUUUAUGAAAGCGGGUACUGAGGAGAAACUUGUCCUCCAUCUCCUCCACUCCUUCUCCACGGGAGACACCUCCUACGUCUCCGUCUUCCUCGCCACCUAUCGCUCCUUCACCACCACGCAGAGGGUGCUGGACAUCCUGGCCGACAGACUAGAGAACCCACCAGGGGCAAGUAAACUGAGUGCAAAUAGACUGGCCUUCAACACGACAGUAUGUUCGGUUUUCAGCAAAUGGCUGGACGAGUAUAAGGAGGACUUCCUGUCGCUCGGAGACCCCACCCCCAUCCUCCGACUGGCCCCCCUUCUCCCUUCUGACCCCUCGGGUUCAGAGAUCAGAAAGCGAUUACUGAAGAUUUCGGAAGAAUUAAGCGAAAGGACUUUGCUGAGUGACUCGCCUACAGACAGCAUCUCCUCUGUGACUUCCCCAUCCGACUCUUCGAACGCCGAGUUUGAUGCCACCAAAAUUCUGGGCUUCCCCGCAGAUGUGGUCGCCGAGCAGCUGACCAUGAUAGAGACAGAUCUAUUCCUGCACGUGGUGCCCUACCACUGCCUAGGCUCUCUGUGGUCCCAACGUGACAAGAAGGGACGCGAGGGCGUCUGCUUGUCCGUCAGGGCGACCGUGCGGCAGUUCAACCGGCUGGCAAAAGCCGUCACAGCUUCCUGUCUGUGGCAUGUGGAUCUGCGGACCCAGCAAAGGGCCCGACUCCUGGAGAAAUGGAUCAGCGUGGCAGAGGAGUGUCGUACCAGGAAAAACUUCUCCUCUGUGUAUGCCAUCGUGUCGGCACUGCAAAGCAACCCACUGCACCGACUGAGGAAAACCUGGGCGGAGACAGACAGGGAAGCGCUGAGGAGAUACGAGGAACUCUCUGACAUCUUUUCGGAGAAGGACAACUAUUCGCAGAGCAGGGAGCUGCUUAGAGAGGAGGAGACAUCGCAGCUCGUCAGUGCCGACACAAAGACGAACAAUAGAAAGCAAACUGGGACUGCAGCCCGGGGUACCGUCCCCUACCUGGGAAUCUUCCUGACCGAUCUCAUGAUGCUGGACACCGCCGUCAAGGACAGGCUGGAGAAUGGGUACAUCCACUUUGACAAACGAAGACGGGAAUUUGAGGUUUUAUCUCAGAUAAAGCUCCUGCAGACUUCGUGUAAAAGCUGGUCUUUCACGGCCGAUGAGUCUUUCCUCGAGUGGUACUACAGUGUUCCAACUUUGAGCGAAGAAGAGAGUUACAGACUGUCCAAUCAGAUCGAGUCUGCUUCAGAUCCCAGCCCUGGUCGUGCCUUGAAUCCCACAGUUGUCAUCACACACUGCACAGACAUUCUUACAUCAGUGGUCGGUCCGUCUAUCGAGUCAGAAGCUGUCUUUGACUUUCCCUCCCCCGUCAAUCACCUCCUCUCCAAACUUGCCAAGCACAUGAAAUCACCAUCGGUUUCCUGUCUGGAUGUCGACUCCUCCCCCCCUCCGACUGAUCCCGCUCUCGCCCCCGUGACACCAGUCAGCAGCGUCAGAUCGCAUCGGCGGUCAGUCUCCUGCGGGAACCCUCCUACCAGCAAAAGCCGAGAGGCUGGACCAGACAUGCGAAUCAUCCGGAUUCGGAUGGAUCUGCAGGACGGGAAUCUGUACCGAAGUAUAAUGGUGACAAGCAAUGACAAGACCCCAUCUGUAAUCAGCAAUGCAUUAGAGAAGCACAAUCAGGAUCCGAAAGAGGCGCCCAGAUAUGAGCUGAUUCAGCUGCAGCCUGAUGGAAAAGAGCUGAAAAUGCCUCCUGCAGGAAAUGUCUUCUAUGCUAUGACCUCAUCGAGCGUCGACUUUCUGUUGAGGAGGCAGGGAGGGAGUACACCUCUUGGCUCUCCAUCAGUUGGCACCGAGACCAGCGCCACCUUCCCCCGGAUCAAAGCUAAGGGGAGGAGGCUCGUAAGGACGCUCUUCUGACGUAAUUCUUCACCCUCCCCUCCACCCCCAGACUCCGCCUGGUGUCUCCACUGAACCUUGGUGCUUGUUAGCUGAUGCAAUAGUACAAUGGUUCCCAACCCGGUCCUCAGGGACCCCCAGACAGUCCACAUUUUUGCUCCCUCCCAGCUCCCUGCAAGACAGGGAGGAAGCAAAAAGGUAGGCCGUCUGAGGGGGGGGUCCCUGAGGGCCAAGUUGAGAAACACUGCAAUAUUAAAUAGUGCAAAAGCAUACUAAAUCUGCGUCAUUUUACUUUGAUUUGGCUACAAGGUGAAACUGGUGGCUUCUUAAACACUAACCAGAAUGAGGAGUUAUCGGUAUUAACUUAGCACAAAAGUCACCUUCAUUAAGUACAACGUCAUUGCAACCCUAGCAAUGAGAAAACCAUUGACGUACUAUGCAAGUGAAAACCUGGAUCGGGGCUAAUGAUCAAUGCACCAGCAUAUCACUAGAAUAUCUCAUCCCCUCUUAAGAUGUGGUUUGCGGGGGGUUUCCUCUGUCUACCUCAAAGAGGAACCAUUGCUCUGAAACGCUUUGGUCAGCACCUGCUUGAGCAGAAGAUGAGAAUGUUAGCUGUCCUGAUUUCAGAUGGGCACCAAUGUUUUGCACUUCAGAAAAUUAUUGAUAUUACUACUUAUGUAAAAACAGAGGUAACUGCUCAGAGGUAGAACCUGUAGAACUAAUGUCAUUAAUGCUAUUAUUCUGUUUCAUGGCAUAGUCAAUGAUUUGUUGUCCUGCAUCAAGGACAAUAUGAUCGGUGAGCUUUUUAGGAUUCCUGGAAGGUGAGGAAUGACACAUAACUGACAUGCAUCUCUGCAGGACCUGUACGCACGGAUGAUGGUGACUGAUCUCAUGAUUGAAAGCCUAAAAUAUUUACGAUUUUUGAGUGCUGCACAACGCUGAUUAUUUACCUUCCAAAUUGUGGAUGUUUAGGCAAACCCAAAAGACACGCAAAUUUGUAAUAGUUUGCCGCUUAUGGAAAUUAAGCCAAAGCCACAAGCAUCCAAGCGUGUUUAUUGUUGAGAAAUCCCCCGGUCACUAUAUGGUGAGAGUAAACAUUACAUCAUUAUAACAUCAUAAAUCCUUUAUGUUUCAUCAUGAGGUCAAGCUGAAAAAAACGAGUGUGGUCAUUGCAGAAACAAAGUAGCUUAAUAAAAUUCCAGGGAGUAAAAGUGCAUUUUAUUUUUGGUACCUCGCAAUACACUAUGGUUUUUUAUUCACUUUUUCAUAUCUAUGUAUGUAUUUAUCAAUGUAUAAAGAAUGUAUUUUUGAAGGUGUGUUGACAACCUCUGAAUUGUGUUUACAUUUCCCUCAAAAGACCCAAACUUGAUUGUGAAGUUUAUUGGUAACAGUACCGACUGUAAAACCUGUUAGAUUUCCUUUCUUGUCGCAGAGUAAGGCCAGAGUGAUGUAGUGCACACUGAAACACAAAAUGUAUAAAAUGACCAAAAGCAUUUACUUGGUGAAAAGACCUCACCGAUCUUUACCUGGUUUAUUGAAUGUUAUAAUAGAUUUGCUACUAUACAUUUCCCGUAUAUUUAGAGGAUUAGAAUGACAAAAUAUAUUUGUGUUCGGCAGCACUGUUGUUCUUUUGUUUUGGAAGAUUUGUCCUCUUCUAGUUUGAUACAAUUUCCCUGGUACACAGUAUACAAGUGAUAGAUUAAAACACACUGGGACACACCAGUUAACAUAUGGUUUGUCCUACAGCAGGAAGCUGGGUUUGAUCCCAGCCAGGCCGGGCCAGAGGUCUGUGAUUCCGAGGUCCUAUCAUGUUCCGGGUAGAGCAGCUAGGCCUCUAUCAUUGUGCCGCCACGCCUGCCGUCGUCCUGGCAACUGCAGAAGGGAUCACACCCUCCUACUGUGUUACACUGUUUGGUGAAGCCUGCAAAGCAGAAAGACGCAGGCGUUUGGCAGCAGACACUUAGCAAAAGGUGUUUGCUAAUAUUUUGCCCUUCGGUGCUAUUGAGGGCGAGACCCACAAAGGGAUUAAUUGUCAAAUCAGUCCAUUUUUCGUUCGCCGCAGUAGAAACACUAUCUGGAAUUUUCCGCACAUUCAAAGAAUUAAACAGGAGUGCACAUCAAUCGAAACGGCAGCGCAAAUGGUUACAUAUACGGCGUAUAAACGAACAGAUGCAGAUGAGGCGUCU